GACACAUGCUCGGGGGAAAGGGAGAGGAGGGCAGGGGGAAAGGGAGAGAGGGGCAGGGGGAAAAGGAGAGAAGGGCAGGGGGAAAGGGAGAGAAGGGCAGGAGGAAAGGGAGAGGAGGGCAGGGGGAAAGGGAGAGAAGGGCAGGGGGAAAGGGAGAGAAGGGCAGGAGGAAAGGGAGAGGAGGGGAGGGGGAAAGGGAGAGGAGGGGAGGGGGAAAGGGAGAGGAGGGCACGGGGAAAGGGAGAGAAGGGCAGGAGGAAAGGGAGAGGAGGGCAGGGGGAAAGGGAGAGAAGGGCAGGGGGAAAGGGAGAGAAGGGCAGAAGGAAAGGGAGAGUAGGGGAGGGGGAAAGGGAGAGGAGGGGAGGGGGAAAGGGAGAGGAGGGCACGGGGAAAGGGAGAGAAGGGCAGGGGGAGAGGGAGAGAAGGGCAGGGGGAAAGGGAGAGAAGGGCAGGGGGAAAGGGAGAGAAGGGCAGGAGGAAAGGGAGAGGAGGGCAGGGGGAAAGGGAGAGAAGGGCAGGGGGAAAGGGAGAGAAGGGCAGGAGGAAAGGGAGAGGAGGGGAGGGGGAAAGGGAGAGGAGGGCACGGGGAAAGGGAGAGAAGGGCAGGAGGAAAGGGAGAGAAGGGCAGGGGGAAAGGGAGAGAAGGGCAGGGGGAAAGGGAGAGAAGGGCAGGAGGAAAGGGAGAGGAGGGGAGGGGGAAAGGGAGAGGAGGGGAGGGGGAAAGGGAGAGGAGGGCACGGGGAAAGGGAGAAAAGGGCAGGGGGAGAGGGAGAGAAGGGCAGGGGGAAAGGGAGAGAAGGGCAGGGGGAAAGGGAGAGAAGGGCAGGAGGAAAGGGAGAGGAGGGCAGGGGGAAAGGGAGAGAAGGGGAGGGGGAAAGGGAGAGGAGGGCAGGAGGAAAGGGAGAGAAGGGCAGGAGGAAAGGGAGAGGAGGGCAGGGGGAAAGGGAGAGAAGGGCACGGGGAAAGGGAGAGAAGGGCAGGAGGAAAGGGAGAGGAGGGGAGGGGGAAAGGGAGAGGAGGGCACGGGGAAAGGGAGAGAAGGGCAGGAGGAAAGGGAGAGGAGGGCAGGGGGAAAGGGGGAGAAGGGCAGGGGGAAAGGGAGAGAAGGGCAGGAGGAAAGGGAGAGGAGGGCAGGGGGAAAGGGAGAGGAGGGGAGGGGGAAAGGGAGAGAAGGGCAGGGGGAGAGGGAGAGAAGGGCAGGGGGAAAGGGAGAGGAGGGCACGGGGAAAGGGAGAGAAGGGCAGGGGGAAAAGGAGAGAAGGGAAGGGGGAAAGGGAGAGAAGGGCAGGGGGAAAGGGAGAGAAGGGCAGGGGGAAAGGGGAGAGAAGGGCAGGAGGAAAUGGAGAGGAGGGCAGGGGGAAAGGGAGAGGAGAGGAGGGGGAAAGGGAGAGGAGGGCACGGGGAAAAGGAGAGGAGGGCAGAGGGAAAGGGAGAGGAGGGCAGGGGGAAAGGGAGAGAAGGGCAGUGGGAAAGGGCGAGGAGGGGAGGGGGAAAUGGAGAGGAGGGCAGGGGGAAGGGGAGAGGAUGGCAGGGAGAAAGGGAGUGGAGGGCAGGGGGAAAGGGAGAGGAGGGCAGGGGGGAAGGGAGAGGAAGGGGAGGGGGGAGGGGGGGAAAUGGAGAGGAGGGCAGGGGGAAACGGAGAGAAGGGCAGGGGGAAAGGGAGAGGAAGGCAGGGGGAAAGGGAGAGGCGGGCAGGGGGAAAGGGAGAGAAGGGCAGGAGGAAAGGGAGAGAAGGGCAGGAGGAAAGGGAGAGGAGGGCAGGGGGAAAGGGAGAGAAGGGCAGGGGGAAAGGGAGAGAAGGGCAGGGAGAAAGGGAGAAAAGGGCAGGAGGAAAGGGAGAGGAGGGCAGGGGUAUAGGGAGAGAAGGGGAGGGGGAAAGGGCGAGGAGGGGAGGGGGAAAUGGAGAGGAGGGCAGGGGGAAAGGGAGAGAAGGGCAGGGGGAAAGGGAGAAGAGGGCACGGCCAAAGGGAGAGAAGGGCAGGGGAAAGGGAGAGAAGGGCAGGGGGAAAGGGAGAGAAGCGCAGGGGGAAAGGGAGAGAAGGGCAGGAGGAAAAGGAGAGGCGGGCAGGGGGAAAGGGAGAGAAGGGCAGUGGGAAAGGGGAGAGAAGGGCAGGAGGAAAUGGAGAGGAGGCCAGGGGGAAAGGGAGAGGAGGGGAGGGGGAAAGGGAGAGGAGGGCACGGGGAAAGGGAGAGGAGGGCAGAGGGAAAGGGAGAGGAGGGCAGGGGGAAAGGGAGAGAAGGGCAGUGGGAAAGGGCGAGGAGGGGAGGGGGAAAUGGAGAGGAGGGCAGGGGGAAAGGGAGAGGAGGGCAGGGGGAAAGGGAGAGGAGGGCAGGGGGGAAGGGAGAGGAAGGGGAGGGGGAGGGGUUUAGGAGGGCAGGGAGAAAUGGAGAGGAGGGCAGGGGGAAAUGGAGAGGAGGGCAGGGGGAAACGGAGAGAAGGGCAGGGGGAAAGGGAGAGGAAGGCAGGGGGAAACGGAGAGGCGGGCAGGGGGAAAGGGAGAGAAGGGCAGGAGGAAAGGGAGAGAAGGGCAGGAGGAAAGGGAGAGGAGGGCAGGGGGAAAGGGAGAGAAGGGCAGGGGGAAAGGGAGAGAAGGGCAGGAGGAAAGGGAGAGGAGGGCAGGGGGAAAGGGAGAGGAGGGCACGGGGAAAGGGAGAGAAGGGCAGGGGGAGAGGGAGAGAAGGGCAGGGGGAAAGGGAGAGAAGGGCAGGGAGAAAGGGAGAAAAGGGCAGGAGGAAAGGGAGAGGAGGGCAGGGGUAAAGGGAGAGAAGGGGAGGGGGAAAGGGCGAGGAGGGGAGGGGGAAAUGGAGAGGAGGGCAGGGGUAAGGGGAGAGGAUGGCAGGGAGAAAGGGAGUGGAGGGCAGGGGGAAAGGGAGAGGAGGGCAGGGGGAUAGGGAGAGAAGGGCAGGGGGAAAGGGAGAGAAGGGCAGGGGGAAAGGGAGAGGAGGGCAGGGGGAAAGGGAGAGCAGGGCAGAGGGAAAUGGAAAGAAGGCCAGGGGGAAAGGGAGAGGAGGGCAGGGGGAAAGGGAGAGGAGGGCACGGGGAAAGGGAGAGAAGGGCAGGGGGAAAGGGAGAGGAGGGCAGGGGGAAAGGGAGAGCAGGGCAGGGGGGAAGGGAGAGGAAGGGGAGGGGGAAGGGGUUUAGGAGGGCAGGGGGAAAUGGAGAGGAGGGCAGGGGGAAACGGAGAGAAGGGCAGGGGGAAAGGGAGAGGAAGGCAGGGGGAAAGGGAGAGGCGGGCAGGGGGAAAGGGAGAGGAGGGGAGGGGGAAAGGGAGAGGAGGGCACGGAGAAAGGGAGAGAAGGGCAGGGGGAAAGGGAGAGGAGGGCAGGGGGAAAGGGAGAGCAGGGCAGGGGGAAGGGAGAGGAAGGGGAGGGGGAAGGGGUUUUGGAGGGCAGGGAGAAAUGCAGAGGAGGGCAGGGGGAAAUGGAGAGGAGGGCAGGGAGAAGGGGAGUGGAGGGCAGGGGGAAAGGGAGAGGAGGGCAGGGGGAAAGGGAGAGGAGGGGAGGGGGAAAUGGAGCGGAGGGCAGGGGGAAGGGGAGAGGAUGGCAGGGAGAAAGGAAGUGGAGGGCAGGGGGAAAGGGAGAGGAGGGCAGGGGGAAAGGGAGAGGAAGGGGAGGGGAAGGGGUUUAGGAGGGCAGGGAGAAAUGGAGAGCAGGGCAGGGGGAAAUGGAGAGGGGGGCAGGGGGAAACGGAGAGAAGGGCAGGGGGAAACGGAGAGAAGGGCAGGGGGAAAGAGAGAGAAGGGCAGGUGGGAAAGGGAGAGGAGGGCAUGGGCAAAGGGAGAGGAGGGCAGGGGGAAGGGGAGAGGAUGGCAGGGAGAAAGGGAGAGGAGGGCAGGGGGAAAGGGAUAGAAGGGCAGGGGGAAAGGGAGAAGAGGGCAUGAGGAAAUGGAGAGGAGGGCAGGGGA